AUGGGAAGACAGCUAAGUGGGUUCUACUUUUGUCAAAAAUUUGAUAUUAAAUAUGUGACUCAAAAGUUUGUAAAGGGAAGAGCAAUUGCUGAUCACUUAGCCCAUUGUUCACUUGAAGAAGCCAAAGAAAUCCAAGGAGAUUUUCCAAAUGAGGAUAUCAUGGGGAUAGAGUUAGAAUCAUGGAAGAUGUAUUUUGAUGGAGCAACUAAUCAGAAUGGAAGUGGCAUUGAAGUUCUUCUAAUUUCUCCAAAAGGGAUACACAUCUCAUUCUCUGGUAGGCUUAACUUUCCUACCACUAAUAAUGCCACUGAAUAUGAAGCUUGCAUUAUAGGGUUACAAGCGGCCCUAGGUCUUGGAGUGAAAGAGUUGGAAGUAUAUGGUGAUUCAACCUUGAUAAUUUCUCAAAUUCAGAAUAGAUGGAAGAUUAAGGAAGAAAAGCUAAUGCCUUAUCAUGUAUGUCUUCAAAAGUUGGCAUCAAAAUUCGGUAAGAUUCAAUACCAGUAUGUGCCAAGAAUGCAGAAUUAG